AUGUUUCCAGUACAGGGUUACGCGGACGACCGUGUAGGAUACGCGCCGCUAACGAAGUUCGUCUGUGUGUGUGUGUUGCAGGAACGAGUGCACGCCAAGGACCCGCCCGCGCACUACCUCAACAAGCUGCGCACCUACCUCGACCCAAAGGCGUCGCGCAGCUCUAGGUCUUUGUCUUACUUUCCAUGCGUGCACGUUCCCGGCCAGCUGCUGUUGCACAAACGAAAAAUGGUUGGCGAUGCAACAUCAACUCAAGUUUUGCGAGACCUUGAAAUUUCUCUCAGGACUAAUCAUAUUGAGUGGGUAAGAGAAUUCUUGAAUGAUGAAAACCAAGGAUUAGACCACUUAAUUGAAUACCUUAGCUUCCGUUUGAUGAUGAUGAGGCAUGAACAGAGAAUAUCAGAAUCACAAAAUAAUUCAGAAGAACGUCUAAACGGCAGUGGUUCUGCUUCUGGCCAUACGAGUAGUCCGAGCCAUAAUGGUUAUUUACGGCCCUCCUUGGAAGUGUUUGAUAGCCCUGGAAUUCGAAGAAGAACAAGACAUGUUGCAAAACUUAAUAUGGGAGAAGCAAAAGAUGAUAUACAUGUGUGUAUUAUGUGUUUGAGAGCAAUCAUGAAUAACAAGUAUGGCUUCAACAUGGUAAUACAGCACCGAGAAGCUAUUAAUUGUAUAGCUUUUAGUCUGAUGCAUAAAAGUCUCAGAACAAAAGCUUUGGUGCUUGAAUUGCUAGCAGCAAUCUGUCUAGUCAAAGGAGGCCAUGAAAUCAUUCUUUCAGCAUUUGACAACUUCAAGGAAGUCUGCCAUGAAUCUCAAAGAUUUCAUACUCUCAUGGAUUAUUUUAUUAACUAUCAAGUCUUCCAUAUUGAAUUUAUGGUGGCGUGUAUGCAGUUUGUUAAUAUAGUAGUUCAUUCUGUUGAGGACAUGAACUUCAGGGUUCAUCUGCAGUAUGAGUUUACAAAACUAGGUUUGGAUGACUACCUAGAGAAGUUGAGACACACAGAAAGUGAAGAAUUACAGGUACAAAUCUCCGCAUACUUGGAUAAUGUAUUUGAUGUAGCUGCUCUUAUGGAAGACAGUGAAACAAAGACUGCUGCACUUGAAAAAGUUGCAGAACUUGAGGAUGAACUAGGCCAUGCCAAUGAAAGGUUGGCAGAGGUUGAACGUGAAUCUCUUGCAAAGCUGGCAGAACUAGAGACCGAACUGGGAGCAGUGAAGGCUGAGCGAGAUGCGUUGCUAGAAGACAGGAGACAAGUUGAUGAAGAAGUCAACACAUUGCGAAGAGCUGUAAUGCAGCAGCAACAAGAAUCUCAAAAUCGCCAAUCCCUUUUGGAAACAAAAAUAAUGGAAUUGGAAACAUUGACCCGAACUCUACCUCGCUCACCUUCUGACCCAGUCGAUGCGAGUAGUUCUGCACCCUUGCCUCCGCCCAUGCCUCCAGCAGCACCCCCUGCGCCUGCGCCGCCCCCUCCCCCGCCUUGCCCACCCCCGCCUCCGAGUGCGCCGGGCAAGGGCGUCCCCUUUAUCCCAGGGGCCCCCAUUCCCCCUCCUCCCGCAGGCCUCAUGCAGGCGCCUGAUGGGGCGAUGACCAUCAAGAGGAAGGUGCAGACUAAGUACAAGUUACCUACAUUGAAUUGGAUUGCGCUGAAGCCUAAUCAGGUUCGAGGAACAAUAUUCAAUGAACUCGAUGAUGACAGAUUACAUGGUGUCAUUGACUUUGUGGACUUCGAAGAGAGGUUCAAAAUUGGUCUUGGAGGACCUCUGACUAAUGGUGCAUCCGAAGUUGAUGGUCUGAGCAGUUUCCCAAGUAAGAGAUUCAAGAAACCAGAGAAUGUGUCAUUAUUGGAGCAUACCAGACUUCGAAAUAUUGCUAUAUCCAGAAGGAAAUUGGAAAUGCCAGUAGAAAAAGUCAUUAUGGCUAUUAAUAAUUUGGAUCUCAAAGUGCUUUGUCUAGAAAAUGUAGAGAUUUUGCAACGCAUGGUCCCUACAGAUCAAGAGACAAAAGCUUAUAGAGAAUAUGUAGGUUCAAAGAAAAGUGUUAACCUCCUGACAGAAGAAGAUAAAUUCCUUCUUCAACUUGGAAAAGUGGAAAGAAUAUCAGCAAAACUCAGCAUCAUGAGUUAUGUGGGCAAUUUCUUCGAUAAUCUUCAUUUGAUUACACCGCAAAUUCAUGCUAUUAUUUCUGCUUCAAGUUCUGUCAAAAGUUCCAAAAAGUUGCGCAGAGUAUUAGAAAUCAUUUUAGCUUUUGGAAACUAUUUAAACAGCAGUAAAAGAGGUCCAGCUUAUGGUUUCAAACUGCAGUCAUUGGACACUCUUUUGGAUACAAAAUCAACUGACAAACGUAUGUGCCUCCUACAUUACAUUGCAGAUACCAUCCGGCGGAAAUUUCCUGAUUUACUACAUUUUGAAGCAGAAUUAUUGUACAUAGAGAAGGCUGCUAUUGUGUCUCUUGAAAAUAUCAUGACAGAUGUGCAUGAAUUAGAAAAAGGAAUGGAUUUAGUGAGGAAAGAACUAGAGUUGCGUGGUGGUAAAGAACGCCAUAAUACUGUAUUGAAAGACUUCCUUGCUAAUUCAGAGGAGAAACUCCGUAAAUUAAAAGUAGAUGCAGGGAGUGCCCAAGCUGCUUUCAGAGAGUGUGUCGAGUACUUUGGAGAAUCCCCACGCACCACAGAUGCUAAUACCUUCUUCUCGCUUCUAGUUCGGUUUGUCCGUGCUUUCAAGUUGGCUGACCAAGAAAAUGAGCAGCGUCAGAGACUAGAGCAGGCAGCUCUGGAAGCACUAAAUAAACCUAAUGAGGAAGUUGCAAAGCGUAAUAAACUAAAUCAGAAGAAACAACAGGAGGCUGUGAUAAAUGAGCUGAAGUACAAGACAAGACUUGUCCAAGAGAAGAAGCUAUUACACCAAGAUGAAGUGUACAAUGGUGCAUUGGAAGACAUUCUUUUAGGCCUUAAGAGUGAGCCCUAUAGGCGUGCUGAUGCUGUAAGACGUUCUCAGAGACGCCGCAUUGAUAAUAAUCGUCUGUCACGCACAAUGGAAGAAUUGGAAUUUUGACACUGGCCAAUUUUGCAUUAAAUGACUUUGUGACUAAAGAAGUGUUGCAUCACAUUUUGUGGAGUCAUUUAAAGUUGCUGGUAAGUUGUAUAGAUAUGAUAGCUCUACUGGAAGGUCUUAGAAAAUCAUUACAUUCCAUGAUUGGCCUUCUAAGGAACAAUGAUUCUAUCGGACAGAAAAGGUGCUUUUACUAAACACGUACGGUGCAAGAAAAGAUAGUCUUUCAAGAUUCCUUGCCAUAUAGUCAGUCAUGUAGUAGUUGGUUUUGUGAGCUGUUUCUAUUUGUAUGCCUUAUUUUUAUGGACAUGAUAAUGGAAUAUUAGUCUCUCAUGAUCAAAUACUCUUUUGAUUGUAGCUCUGUGUAAAUUCAUGUAAUUUUUAAUAUUUUAUUACUCUAAAUUUCAAUUCAUUGUCAAUGUAAUAUGUCCAUUUUACAACAAUUAUGUGUAUAUUGUAUAAAGAGUUUAGGUGUAUUGUACAUAUAGAAAUGAGGAAUGGCUGACAUUCCUGUUCUGUGAUAAGUAAAGUGACCUCCAGUGUAAUUUCUGAUCCAUGUUGUAGUAUUUGGUUCUCUCGCAUUGAAAGUGCAAUUUUAUGUUGAAAUAUUCGUCCUUUUCAAUUACAAAAUUUUUUACAUAGGGUUUUUUCUUUGCCUUCCUUUUUCUUUCAUGGCCUAAAUUGAAAUUACGAUAAAUCGAAUGCUGUCAAAGCAGAGUUUUGACUUGUACCUGUACUUGCUUCUCUUUCUUGACGAAUAUAAGAUAGCUCUUAGAGUCCUUAAUUGUACAGUUGAGUCUUAUGAUGGUUUUACUGAAAAAGAGGAACAGAUGUAACCAUUCCUAUUUCAGGCUAAGCAUUUAAGAUCCAAUUUUGCAAAUUAAUUGCAUUUUUAUUGAUAUUUGUACUUUUAUAUCUAUGUGUGCAUUAGAGUAUAUAAAUACUUGGACAUCUGUAAAUUUUUUAUGAAAUUGUCCGUUAUUUUGUAUAUAUUUGUACAUUCUUUUCUUUGUUCUUAAAUUUCUUUGAUUUUUCAGUAAUUAUGACUUACAUUUUUUGCUUCAAAAGCCUAUGAAAGAGACAGGCAAUUUUUAGCAUAUCAGUGCUGGAAAUUGUUAUUGUGGAAUGUAAAUAAUUUAUGCGCAAAAUUUUCACUUGAUGGAAAUUUUCAUUGAUGGAAGGCGUCUGUGAAUAUAUUUUUUAAAGUUAUAUUCUAGCUAAUGUAAAGACACAUUUCUAGUUAAAUCAAAACAAUUUCAUAAUGGCUUGUGAUACAUUGUACUUGACAAAACUGCAUUUGUAACCCUCCUCUUUUUUUUAUUGUAAGACUGCUGUAUAUAUUCUGUAAUAUGUUGAUAAAAAUUUUGAAGUUUGUAUCCAUGACAGUAAAUAAGAAAUCUUUAAAUGUGUGUGUAUUGU